AUGGAGCAGGACGACCCGGGCGAGGCGCUGGCGGAGCUGCGCGGGCGGCGGCUGGGCGCGCGGGAGCUGCUGCAGGCGGCGGCGGGCUCGGGCCUGGCCGCCUACGCCGUGUGGGCGCUGCUGCUGCAGCCCGGCUUCCGGCGCGUGCCGCUGCGGCUGCAGGUGCCGUACGUGGGCGCGAGCGCGCGGCAGGUGGAGCACGUGCUGUCGCUGCUGCGAGGCCGCCCCGGGAAGACGGUGGACCUGGGCUCUGGCGACGGCAGGAUUGUGCUGGCCGCCCACAGGUGCGGCCUCCGCCCGGCCGUGGGCUACGAGCUGAACCCCUGGCUGGUGGGGCUGGCCCGGCUGCACGCGUGGAGGGCGGGCUGUGCCGGCAGCGUCUGCUACCGCCGUGAGGACCUCUGGAAGGUGGACCUGAGGGACUGCCGCAAUGUGUCCGUGUUCCUGGCCCCUAGCGUGCUCCCACUGCUGGAAGACAAGCUGCAGGCAGAGCUGCCCGAAGGGGCCCGAGUGGUGUCAGGGCGCUUCCCCCUCCCCACAUGGCAGCCCGUGGCUGUGAUGGGUGAGGGUGUGGACCGUGUCUGGGCGUACGAUGUCCCGAGGGGCGGGUUGGCUGGUCAGGCGUCCCCAGGACCCAGUUCUGCCUCAGCCCCUGGGCCCCCCAGUUCUCAGGCUGGCUGACCAUUUGCACACAAUAAAGACUCGUGGACUCGU